AUGGCUGAAUUCCUGACGGCUUUCAAGGGCGCUUUGGGCGGUGCUCUGGAUAUGUACCAUGCGAAAGUGCUUCAUCGCGACAUCAAUGUGAACAACGUGCUCAUCUCCGCGUCACCGAAUCCAAACAAUGUUGGCGUACUCAUCGAUCUGGAUUACCCCGUCUCCUUGGAGAACUAUACUUCGUUAGUCGAGGAUAUGCGAACCGGUACCCCGAUGUUCGUGUCUUGUGAGAUCCUCACACAGCGCAUGCUUGUUAUCCGGAAUAAGCCUAACUUUCCCGCGACAUCGGAUGACUACAGGAGAAAGAAAAAGCUCGCCUAUGGCGAUGACUGGGACGAUGCCGAGGAUGACUUCAGCGACUCGGAAGAAAAAGGACGAGGGGAGAAUGACAGCGAGAUGCAGACGUCGGAUGGAGAGCCACAAUCGGACAAAACACCUUCGUUCCGUCAUACCCUCGCACACGAUCUUGAAUCGUUCUUCUGGGUGCUGCUCUGGGUGUGCAUGUGUCGGGUCGGGCCUGCUAAAGCCCGUGACUUCAGCGGCAAAGCUGGCAAGGCGGACUUCAGACGUGCGGACAAAAAGGACGACAAGAAAUGGAGAUGGGAGCAUGACCUUCGGAGGAUCAACGGCCUCGUAGCCCGCACCUUUGAAGAUCCCAACUGGACAAACCUCGGCAGAACCAGGAAAGCCGUCUUCCUGAACCAGUCCGGCGAAUGGGACGACCUGCUUGACAGCGUGUCUCACUACCUCACGCCGCUAAAGGACAUCUUGGUUGCCUACCACAAAGGUCUAUGCGAUCUGCUCCGGAGGGAACCUGAACAGCGCAAUGACGAUGAUGUGGAGGUCUUCGGACGCUGGCUUAUGAGCUCUAUCGAAGACUCGAUCCAAACUGGACGUGUCCAACGAUGGGGACAACCCGGGAAACCUGGUGGCAGCGAGCGCCAUGUGAGGCCCGCCAGGCUGAACUCGAGCGGCGCCAGAAGGAGGGUCAGGCCUCCGUCGGAGUGUUUGGCUAGCUCUCCCACGUCCAAGUCGUUAUCCGUGCCCAAUGUUCUUACGUUUAUACUCGGGACAUUGUUUGGAUGA